AUGGCACAUUGUGUGAAGGUCAAUGUCAAUGAAUGUUUGGAUCCAAGGUUAAACACUUGUCAGCAGACAUGUCAGAACUCUGUUGGUAGCUACAGCUGUGGCUGUUAUAAAGGAUUUGCUUAUAAUGCAUCAACUAACACAUGUGAUGAUAUCAAUGAAUGUGCUCGACAAAUAGACAGAUGUACAAGUGUAUGUAUCAACACAUUGGGCAACUACAGGUGUUCAUGCACACCUGGCUAUGUCCUUAACAGAGAUGGAUAUACAUGUGAUGUGACCAGUGUGUGCACCAACAGUUCACUUUGUCAGUACCAGUGUAUUAAUGUCAAUGGCAAUGAAACUUGUUUCUGUCCUAAAGGACAAGCUUUAAACAGUGAUUUGAGAACCUGUAGAGAUGUAGACUUGUGCAGCUCUAGUUCCUGUAGUGAUCUGUGCAGUGAAACACCUGACAAUACAAGUGUUAUAUGUUCCUGCCCUCCUGGUAAAUCCUUGGCUGCCAAUGGAAUUAUUUGCCAGUCCAAACAUAAUAGAAAUAGCAGGUUAGCAAGCUUUACAGAAAGACUUGUUACAGAUGUUGAUAUACAGGGUGACCCAAAAGUCUGA